AUGGCAACAAAGGCCGUGCACCUCGAACUCGUGUCCGACCUCACGUCGUCAGCAUUUUUGGCCGCACUGCGUCGUAUGGCAGCUCGUCGAGGCGCGCCGCGUCACAUAUAUUGCGACAACGGCACUAACUUCGUCGGUGCUAGCCGUGUUCUAGAACAAAACAUAAAGGAGCUUAAAGAAAAUAUUUCUGAUCCAGAAUUCUUAACUGAACUUACAACUUACCGUUCGAAACAAAUGGAAGCAGUCGACAUCUAA